UGCCCUCCAAAGGAAGAAGUCGAUGAAUAUGUCAAACUCACCCCCGAAGAGCAACACAAAAGACUGAAGUCAAUCAUAAAGAAAAUUGACUUGGAUUCAGACGGCUUCCUCACCGAAAGUGAGCUCAGUUCAUGGAUUCAAAUGUCUUUUAAACAUUACGCAAUGCAAGAAGCGAAACAGCAAUUUGUUGAGUAUGAUAAAAACAGCGAUGGUAGUGUGUCGUGGGAUGAAUACAACAUUCAGAUGUACGAUCGUGUGAUUGACUUUGAUGAAAACACAGCUCUGGAUGAUGCAGAAGAGGAGUCUUUUAGGCAGCUUCACUUAAAGGACAAGAAGCGAUUUGAAAAAGCUAACCAAUAUUUAGAUCCUGGUCUGAAUCUUGAAGAAUUUAUUGCUUUUGAGCAUCCUGAAGAAGUUGAUUAUAUGACGGAAUUUGUCAUUCAAGAAGCUUUAGAAGAACAUGACAAAAACGGUGAUGGAUUUGUUAGUUUGGAAGAAUUUCUUGGUGACUACAGGCGGGAUCCAACAGCAAAUGAGGAUCCAGAGUGGAUACUUGUUGAGAAAGAUAGAUUCCUAAAUGAUUAUGACAAAGACGCGGACGGCAGGCUUGAUCCCCAAGAGCUGUUAUCUUGGGUGGUCCCCAAUAAUCAGGGCAUCGCACAAGAAGAGGCUCUUCAUCUCAUUGAUGAAAUGGAUUUGAAUAGUGACAGAAAGCUCUCUGAAGCAGAGAUUCUGGAGAACCAGGACUUGUUUCUGACCAGUGAAGCCACAGAUUAUGGCAGACAGCUCCACGACGAGUACUUCUACCACGACGAGCUUUAAUCCCUGGGCACAUCCGAGUAGAGUGCUGACUCCUUCUAGAAUUUGUUACCAGCUUUACUUUGUGAUAAAAUAUCGAUGACGUUAUUUUCCACUCUGAAGUCUUUCCACAGUCAGAUGUAUUAUAAUGUCGUUUAUAAUUUUGGCCUUUUUGGAGAACAGGAAAACAGACCUGAUAUUUAUUUCAAAACGUAUUGAAGAAAUAAGUCAGUAUUGUGCCAUGUGGCAACAGAGUCUUCCUUGAAUAACACGUGUGUUUCGUGCUGUGCUGCGGGAUGUUUUGAGUUUUGUUAACAUACUUGAAAAAUAUGGAGGACUUUAGAGAUGCCUGCACAAUAUUAAAGGAGUAUGUGUCUGAGCUAUCAGUUUUUGUUUAAGUAGAUUUAAUUUGGGAACUGACCGAAGGAUGUUGUUUUUAGAUUUAGCAUUUCGUUUUUAAAUCUUUAAAGGAACCUAUUUAGAAGGACUUAUACCUCAUAUGUAAGUUAAGAAGUUUUGCUUAAUUUUAAAAUGGUUUCUAUAAAGGGUUCUCCUGUAUGAAAUAGAGCCUUAUAUUUUUGCAUAUGCGUAGAUAGUAAUUAUAUUUAAUGUGUGAGUGACCACAGCUUUUUCGUGUGUGGAGUUUGAAGUUGUCCAGAACUCUUUUCUUUUUUGACUGAUUAAAAAUGAAAUGUCCUAUCUUUUCAAA